CCAGACAGCAUCAGAUGACAUCAGCGUCUAUAAUGACUUUCUCUCUGUGUGUGUGUGUGUGUGUGUGUGUGUGUGUGAAGAAUGGAGGCGGGGAAUGUGCCAGUGCAGGCCCACAGUACAAAAAGAGAAAUGCGUUCAGUUCUUCAGCAGCAGCAGGGACCUCCUUGUCUGAAACCAAGCCAAAGCAUGAUUUGUGUGUAUACAUUCUUGUUGCUAGUCCUAAGCAGAGGGGCACUGGGCUCUCUCCAAGCUAAGCAGACAGACUUUGGCCUGAAAGUUUUCUCUCAGCUUGUAGCAGAUGUCGUGGACACAAACCUGGCUUUCUCUCCCUAUGGCAUAGCAAACAUUAUGGCCAUGGCUCAGCUUGGUUCAAAUGGAAGCACACGAUGGGCCUUGACUGCAGCUAUGGGCUUUUCUAUGCAAGAGCGAGGAAUGCUUCGACAGCAGCGGCUUCUGCAGCACGAUUUAGCCAGUGAGGAUGGGGUGGAGAUAGCCAGCGGGGUGAUGGUGGAGAGGAAGAUAAGUCUGGAGAAGAGAUUCCGCCGGGCACUGGCCAAGACCUUCCAGACUCAUCCCCAUCAGAUGGAUUUCACCAAACCAGAACAGGCUGUCAGCAUAAUCAAUGCAUGGGUCUCAGAUCACACUGCAGGUGCCAUCCCUGAGUUCUUAGCAGCUGGAUCCCUUGAUUAUGAGACUCGCCUGGUCUUCCUCAACGCGCUCCAUUUUCAGCGCCUAUGGAAAGUUCCCUUUGACCCCAAACUAACACAGGAGCGAAUGUUCCACUGUGCCAAUGGCAGCACUGUACCUGUGCACAUGAUGAGACUCAUCAACCACUUCAGCUAUGCGGAAUUUGUGACUGCUGAUGGGGUGGAUUACUAUGUAAUAGAGGUGCCUUAUGAGGGCAGCUCAUUGAGUAUGCUCCUAGUAUCACCCUUUGAGCCUGAAAUUCCACUGAGUGCUCUCAAUGCAGAUCUGAGCAGCCAGAAGAUUCAGCACUGGAAGUCAGAGCUAAGGAAUGUCAGGAGAGAGCUGGCCAUGCCAAGGUUUUCUCUGAACUCUGAAGUAAAUUUAAAAAGUGCUCUACUUAAAAUCGGACUUGGAGGCAUGUUCAACCUGGCUUCUGCUGACUUUACACAGAUAACAUCUGAUGAGAGGCUUUGCGUAUCGAAAGUUCUGCAGAGGGUGAAGAUUGAGGUGGAUGAGCGUGGAACCAAGGGAGCUUCAGCAACAGCUGCUGUCAUGUUCUCUCGUAUGGCGGUUCAGGAGAUCACACUGGACCGACCUUUCCUCUUCCUUAUUCAGCACAAGCACACUGGUGCUGUUUUCUUCAUGGGUCAGUUCAGCCACCCUCCACAAUAACAUUCAACACACCUUUUAUCCCACAGUGUGUGGCUACAACUGUUUUUAAACCCUCAUGAUGACCAUAAAUCUGAUCAGAAGACCUGUGACACCCAGUGACUCUACAUGAUUCUGGAUGGGUUAAAUUCACUGACACCUUUAUUUAUAGUGACUGAGGACAACGAUACCGGGACUGCUUUGACUUUGACAAAUGUAUAUCUUGGCUAUUUAUUAUUUAUUUUUUACAUGUUUUUGGUUGACAGGAUGGAAAGAAAAUUGAAGCAAAGUUAACAGGUUACUAAUGCCAAUGACAGUAUUGCACCUUUUAGAAAGAGAUUUUAUUGCAGAGACUUCUCUGCAUUUGUACCAAACAAUUAUGUAUUUUUAUCUAUUUAAAUAUUCUGCAAACUAUAAUGUGUGAUAUUUGUGUCUCAAUACAAACAUUUGUAUAUUUUUGGAAUGUUUUAAUUAAAGAUUUAUGAAUUCAUAAA